AUGAUGGCUAUGAGUUGCUUUAGAGAUUCCAUAAGCAGUUUGCCAGAUGAGAUUCUUGGCAAGAUCCUGUCUUUACUUCCGACAAAGGUGGCUGCCUCCACAUCGGUUCUGUCCAAGAGAUGGAGGAAUCUGCUGGGUCUCGUAGACAGCCUCAGCUUUGAUGAUUCGGUGGUUGUGUAUCCCAACAAAGAAGAAGCAACAAGUGGUUCACAUCGCUUCUUAGAUUUCGUAGACAAGACCUUUGCCCUGUUAACCAAUAACAAAUCUCCCAUGAUCAAGAAAUUCUCACUGUCUCGGCUACACACUAGCCACGGCGAUGGCUGUGAGGGAGAGUAUUCAUACCCUCGUGUGAACGCUCGAAUCAACCGUUGGAUUUGGACUGCAAUGGAACGCGGUUUGUCGGAACUACACUUGCACGGCAACAGCUGGUGGUCUGGUGCUUGUCUAGAGACAAAGCUGUUAACAAGCAAGACACUGGUUAAGCUCACUCUGUCCGGUGGCUAUUUUUUUGAAGUGGAGCGUGUGUUUUUCCCAGCGCUCAAAUCACUCUCUAUCUUGUCAGCUUUUAGGCUUGAUUAUCCCAACUAUUCCCGGCUUCUCGAUGGCUGCCCUGUCCUGGAAGAAUUAUUCAUACGUGAUGCUCAUCAUCCCGACUAUUCCCAGCGGCUUAACCAUGGCUGCCUGGAAGAAUUAUCCAUAUCUGCUGAGUGGGUGAACAGUGCAUCCAUCAAGCGACUUGUGGUUUUUGUCAAUUUUCCGGAUGAUAAAGACUAUCACAAUUUCACUUAUUUUGAAGCACCAAGCCUCGAGUACCUUGAGUAUUCUAGCCAUGUCUUUCAAGAUUAUCUCUGUGCUGGUUUGGAUUCGCUUGUCGAAGCCAGGCUGGAUCUCAGGUUAUGGGAGUCAACAAACGAUCAUUAUUACGAUGAUGAUGAUGGUAUUCGUUCUAACGGUGAUGGUACUUAUACUUUUGUUUUUGUUAAAGUUGAACCAAAGGUUCCAUUUGGUGAUGUUACAAAUCUAGUUGCUGCUAUAAGUAACAUUACCACCCUUCACUUGUCUCCCGAUUCCCUUGAGGCGUUUCAUUUCUGCUGUGAAUCCAUGCCGGUGUUCUACAACCUCCUUAAGUUAUCUAUUGAGAGCAACAAGGAAAAAGGUUGGCAAGUAAUGCCACUUCUCCUCGAUAGUUGUCCAAAACUACAUACUUUAGUCAUCAAGGGUCUUGUGCACAGAGUAACAAUUAGAUGCGGAGAUGCAUGCGCUUGCAGCCCUAAAAAGCAUAUGAGGAAGAAGAAUAAGAAGAGGAAAUUUGAUGAGGAGGAGGAGGAAGAAGAGGAGAGGAAGAAGGUAUGUUGUUUAUGGACAUGUAAAGUGAAGGUGCUAGAGAUUUUAGAGUACGGAGCUUCUUUUCAAGAGCUGAAACAGAUGCGACAUUUCUUGGGCAACUUGGGAUGGCUUCAAACUGUCAAAGUUAGUGUUGACACGGACAAGAACCUCCACAACAACUGUUUCUUGCGAGCUAAUCUGUUAUCUCUCCCUAGAUUGUCAUCAAAGUGCAACAUCCAAUUUAUCUGA